CUCAUGCAGAAGAAGGAAGACUUGCUUGUUUGCUUUUGUGUUUGUCUGCAGCUGAGUCAUCAAACCUUCACAAUGGAGACUCGAAUGGUUUUUUCCCACUUGUCAAUCAAGCCUGGCGAAUGCAUCAAAGUGAAGGGGAAAGUGCCACCAGAGGCCAAGAGCUUUGCCCUCAACUUGGGGCACAAUGAUUCAGACAUGAUCCUCCACUUCAAUCCUCGCUUUGAUAGUCACGGAGACGUUAACACCAUCGUGUGUAACUCAAAGACGAAUGGGCAGUGGGACUCAGAGCUGCGGGAGUCGGCGUUCCCUUUCCAGCAGGGAGAAGACACCAAGAUCUGUUUGUCCUUUGAUGGCGAGGAAGUGACUGUAAAGAUCAAUGGAGACCAGGAAGUCAAGUUCCCUAAUCGGCUUGGGGUGAAUUCUGCAAAAAUAUUCUCAGUCGAGGGAGACAUUGCGAUCAGAAGUGUCAAGUUUGACUGAAGUUCAGCCAUGUCUUAAUUUGUAUGUCUAUAGAAGGAGAAACAGAAAAUAAAAUGUGUUGCUUGACCUUG